CAUGGGUGCGGAAGGCGGACCAUUAUCUGUUUCGCGGCAUUCUGGCACCGCGAACGGAUGGCUAUCUUAUCAAACACUUUUAUGCCGGCGCCAAGCACAUGAGCCCUUCUUGGCAGACCACCGGCUCCACAAGGAAUCGAUGUUGGCACCAUUCUUCCUGCGUUUAUACAAAAGCAAGUCGUCAGGGCGGGGGAUCCCGUUGCUACAUGGUCACAAUCAGCGUACAACAUGGGGUUUGCUUUGAGAAGGUCAGCUCUGGUAGCUGUAUCCACGGCUCGACCCCUGACGCCGCGUAGCGCACUCGCCACUCUCUGUCUUUUCGCCCUUGUCGUCUUUGCCAUGCCCUUACAACGGCGGGAUACGUGGACAGGGAUGAACUCGCACGACCUUUGGACGGAGGGAUGUAAGCCGGUCAUCUUCAUCUUCUGCCGGGAAACUCUUGCACCAGGAAACAUGGGGUUCAAAGUCGGACCGGCGCUGUCCAACUCGCUAAAGGCCUACUUCGGACCGGCCAAUGUCGCGACUCAGGGGGUCGACUACCUUGCCCUCCCCGUCACGAACCUUUUCACUGGCGGCGGGCCGACCUAUGGUAUUGGCAAGAUGCAGCAACUUCUAACGCAGGCGACCAGCCUGUGUCCGAAUUCCAGCGUCGUAGCAGCCGGUUACAGCCAGGGGGCAGCAGUAACCCACCGAGCAAUCGAGUUCGUCCCCCAAGAGGUCAGGAACAAGAUUGUGGGCGUCGUCACAUUCGGCGACACCCAGACGCUGCAAGACAACGGCCGAAUCAUCGGAUACCCCGUGAACAGGACCCUCAUCAUCUGCAACAGGGGAGACGUUAUCUGCGUGGGCACGCUGUUCGUCGUGCCGACCCACUUCAACUACAUGGACCGCGUGCCCGAGGCAGCCGCCUUCCUGAUCUCGAGGAUUCUGAUCGCGUAUGCCCUGAGCCAGGGGACGGCCGUGCCGGAGUCGACGACCGAGAGCGUCCCGCUGACGACGUUCACUACGACAUUGCCCCCGCCGCCGACGUUCUCGUCGAUGUCCUCCUCGCGGUUGCGCCCCACGACGCAACUGCCUCCUCCAAGGGUCACUACGGGCUGGCCGCUGCGUCCGACGACGAAAGGUCCUGCGCCGGUUGCUAGACCGACUCCUACAGCGACCGUUGGUGAUUAAUGUCGAAGGGAAAUGGAAGUUGGAUAUUCUUCGAUCGUGGAAUGUUGCGGACGAUCGUAGUAGAUGGGGUUUCGGUCCCAGGCAUUGUCAAGGCAGUCUUCAUCUUGAUUUCUUCGGCUGACUAUCCCUCCCUGCCAUGCAUUUUACUCGUCGUUUUGUUAAUUAGA